AUGCGUCCCGCUCUCGUUAUGCUCGCCGCUCUGGCGGGCUCUGCCCUCGCCUACCCCACCGAUAUGGCCACAGAGAAGCGUACCUUCGGUCUCCUGGCUGAGAUCCUUGGUCACGCCGCUGUCGACGUCUCUUCCAUUCUCGAGGCCGUGCUCAGUCACGGUCACUCCUCGGGCUCCCUUCUCGCUGGUCUGAGCGCCGAGGGUGCUGCCGCCCUUGAGGGUGGUGCUCUUGGUUGCAAGGCUGGUGCUAUCCAUGCCCACGCCAAGGCCGCGCUCAAGGCUUGGUUGCUCAUCCACGCUCAGUUGGACUUCUCCCUCAAGAAGCACCUCAUCGCCUGGUGCGAUGGUGACGCUGAGCUUGUCCUUUCCGCUGAUAUCCUCGCUGCUCUCUCCGCGUACAUUCCUGGAUGUGCCGAAGUUGCUGCCAAGGGCCAGCUUUACGUUACCAUUGAUGGUAUCUUCGCUGCUUCCAGCCUUGAGUCUGCCCUCGUUCUGAGCCUUAGUGCUCAAGCUUCCCUCUCUGCUUGGAUCGAGGCCAAGGUUGGUCUUGAUGUUGGUGUCAAGGCUGGUCUCGGUGUUUGCGCUGCUGGUGGUGUCAUCGGCUCUCUGUCUGCUGACAUCAAGGCUUCCCUCCUCGCUUGGGUCAACAGCAGCAAGUGUGACCUCUCUGCUGAGCUCAAGGUCUCUGUCCUUGCCUGGAUCAACGGCCACGCCGGUGGUCAGCUUGUUGAGCUUGGCUCGCUCGGUGCCAACGCUCUCUCCACCGUCUCCAUCGGUGCUUCCGUCGGUGUUCACGUUGAGGAAGCCGGUCACCUGUCCGUUGGCGGCAAGGCUUCUCUCGCCGCUUUCCUCGAUGCCUCCGUCUCCGCCAGCAUCGGUGCCGACGUCCAACUCGGCCUCCAGGCCGCUGCCAAGGGCGAGCUCGCUACCUCUGUUGAGCUUGACGUCCGCACUCAACUCGCAAUCUGGCUCUCCGGUUCCGACUGCACUCUCGGUGUUGAGCUGAAGUCUGUUGUUCUUCUUUGGCUCUCUUUCGCUGUUGAGGCUGAUGCCUCGGUUUCUCUUAACCUUGUUGGUGGUCUCCUUGGCCAUGUCACCGGUUUCCUUAGCGAGACUGUUCUCGCUGGCCUCAGCGUCGACCUCCGUGGCGCCCUCUCUCUCUGCGCCGCCGGUGGUAGCAUUGCUGACCUCACCUUCGGUGCUCGUGCUGAGCUUGCUGCCUUCCUGGGUGGCUCAACCGAUAUUGACAUCAACUUGAGCAUCCAGAUCAUCUUCCUUCAGUGGUUCACCGGCUGCAGCAUCCCCGGUGCCCCCACACCCACCUCUUCCGUUCCCAGCCUGCCUUCCAGCACUCCUUACAAGGCCAGCACCUCCGCCAUUCCCUCUGGCCCUGGCGCCUCCAUCUCCGUCUCUGUUCCUUCUGGCCCUGCUCCCUCCGGCCCCGCUGGUUCUGUCUCUGUCUCCAUCCCCGGUGGCCCUGCUGAGACUCCUUCCGGCGUCUCUCCCACUGGUACUCCUAUUCCCAGUGGCCCUGCUGAGACCCCCUCCGGUGUCUCUCCCACUGGCACUCCUGUCCCCAGCGGCCCUGCUGAGACUACUCCCUGCGACACUGAGACUUCCGAGGUUGUUCGUUCCACUGUGAUCCCCGGCCCCAGCGGCUCCGGCUCCAUCACAGUCACUAUUCCCGUUGUUCCCACUGGUACUGCUCCUGCUCAGACUCCUUCCGGCCCUGCUCCCUCCGGCCCUGCUGGCUCUGUCUCUGUUCCUUCUGGUCCUGCUCCCUCCGGCCCCGCUGGCUCUGCCUCUGUCUCCAUUCCCGGUGGUCCCGCCGAGACCCCCUCCGGUGUCUCUCCCACUGGCACUCCCGUCCCCAGCGGCCCUGCUGAGACCACUCCCUGCGACACUGAGACUUCCGAGGUUGUUCGUUCCACUGUGAUCCCCGGCCCCAGCGGCUCCGGCUCCAUCACUGUCACUAUUCCCGCUGUUCCCACUGGUACUGCUCCUGCUCAGACUCCCUCUGGUCCCGCUGCCACUACUCCUUGUGACACCGAGACCUCUGGCAUUGUCGGUUCCACUGUGAUCCCUGGUGUUCCUGCUGAGACUCCCUCCGGUGUUUCCCCUACCGGUACUCCUGUGCCCUCCGGCCCUGCUGACACCACCCCCUGCGACACUUGCCACACUGAGACCACUGAGGUCGUUGCCUCUACCGUGAUCACUGGUGUGCCCGCUCCCUCUGGCACCGCUCCUGCUGAGACUCCUUGUGAUACCGAGACCUCUGACAUUGUCGGCUCUACCGUCAUCCCCGGUGUUCCCGGUCCCUCUGGCCCUGCUGGCACCACUCCUGCUGGUUCCGUCCCCGCCCAGACUCCCACUGGUGUCGCUCCUACCGGUACCCCUGCUGGCUCUGGUCCCGCUCCCUCUGGCCCCGCCCCCAGUGGCCCUGCUGCCACUACUCCCUGUGACACCGAGACCUCUGGCAUUGUCGGUUCCACUGUGAUCCCUGGUGUUCCUGCUGAGACUCCCUCCGGUGUUUCCCCUACCGGUACUCCUGUGCCCUCCGGCCCUGCUGAAUCUACCCCCUGUGACACCGAGACCUCUGAUAUCGUUGGCUCCACCGUCAUUCCCGGUGUCCCCGCUCAGACCCCCUCCGGUGUCUCUCCCACCGGUGUCCCCGUUCCCUCUGGCCCUGCUGCCUCUGGCCCUGUCCCCAGUGGUCCUCAGGCCACCGGUUCCGUGCCCAGCGCUCCUUGCGAGACUGAGUCCAGCCCCGCCCCCACUAGCCCUCCCACCGUGCCCUCCGGCGGUGGCUCCGGCCAGGAGGUUGUCACCGUCACUGCGACUGUGACUGCCACCGUCUGUGGCUGCGAGUAA